GAAGCUGGUUGGGGAACGAGAGCGCACGUAGAGACUAUCGUUCUGGCUUAACUUCGUGGGGGUACAAAUCGAAAAGCUUUUAACGAUUAAAAAUGGCUACCACUUCCACGGAUGGCACGGAUCAGGAAUCCUCUCCUUCAGGCGAUCAAAAUCGAACUCUGGAAACUGAGAAAAGCGAACAGAAAGCAGAGGGCCUCGCCUCGGAACAGGAACCGGUUGGAAACGACACUGUAAAAAUGGACGUGAACGGUGGACAAGAAGGAGCAACAGAGGAGGACGAGAAACCAUCGCCCGUACCCGAAGUCUGCCCAGAAACUACACCAACAGCUGUCAUCGCUAAGGAAGAAAGCGAUGUGGUAAAUGAUAUGGAUUGUGACCUUGCGGAAUCCGGUAAAAGUCCGGAGCAGAGAAGCCAUGCGAGCUGCAACGGCACCGGGGACGGGACGGGGGAGCCGAAACAAGAACAAAGGGAAGAGAACGUGUCCUCUCCCAGCGACUGCAUGAAGAGUAAAGCCGAUGAUUGCACGGAUAAAACCGAUCAUGGCAUAAAGAGACGAGCCAGCGUAGAAAUGUCUUCGUCCGACGGAGAGCCUUUGAGUAGAAUGGAUUCAGAAGACAGUAUCAGCAGCACUCUGAUGGACCUGGAGAGCACGGCGUCCAGCGGCCGCUCCACGCCGGCGAUGAUGAACGGGCACGGUGGCGCGGCGGUCCCCGCCCCCAAGGGCUCGUCGUCGUCGUCCUACCCGUGCUGCUGGGACCAGUGCCACAUGCUGUACAGCAGCAGCCCCGACCUGGCCGAGCACAUCCGCGGCACGCACGUGGACGGCCAACGAGGAGGGGUGUUUGUGUGCCUUUGGAAAGGCUGUAAGGUGUACAACACGCCCUCCACCAGCCAGAGCUGGCUUCAGAGACACAUGCUAUCCCACAGCGGAGACAAGCCCUUCAAGUGUGUGGUUGGAGGCUGCAAUGCCACCUUUGCCUCCCAGGGGGGGCUAGCGCGCCACGUGCCCACCCACUUCAGUCAGCAGAACUCCUCCAAGAUGUCCAGCCAGGCCAAGCUGAAGGAGGAGUCGCCCUCCAAAGCAGGCAUCAACAAGCGGAGGAAGCUGAAGAACAAACGUCGACGCUCGCUGCUUUCUGUCCUUCCCGCAGCGCGGCCACACGACUUCUUCGACGCCCAGACGAUGGACGCCAUCCGGCACCGGGCCAUCUGCCUCAACCUGGCCACCCACAUCGAGAGCCUGGGCAACGGCCACAGCGUGGUCUUCCACAGCACGGUGAUCGCCAGGAGGAAAGAGGAUUCUGGGAAGGUGAAGGUUCUCCUGCACUGGACUCCUGAGGACAUCUUGCCGGACGUGUGGGUGAGCGAGAGCGACCGGCCGCAGCUCAAGACCAAAGUGGUGCACCUCUCCCAGCUGCCGCAGGACACCGCCGUGCUGCUGGACCCCAACAUCUACAGGAUGUUCUUCUAGGCCCGGUGGGAGGCCCGUGUCGUGUCCUGCUGAUGUCCAUGGUGUGACGUGAAUGACCAGAACAGUCCAGACAGGAGGGUGUCUCUUUUUCGUUUGUUUCGUUUUUGUUUGUUUGACUUUUUGUUGUGUUUUGAUUCCCUCCCUCCUCUGUUCUAUUUCUUUUUUUUUUUUUUUUUUACAUUUCUGUGUCAAUCUUUUCUUUUUAGUUUGCCAAAGUAUGCAGUGACUUUAUUUUGAGGGUUUCCUUAAAACUAUGAAACAAAAAAAAAACGUAUCUGGUGCUGAAGUUUUGUCAAGAGGUUGUCUUUUUUUGAAUAUGUUUUUUUCCUCUGUAGAACACAUAGGAUUGAGAAAGCGUUUUUUGCUUUUCCUACACAAUGAAUUCUUAUGUAGAGCUUUGUAUUUGUAGAAAAACUUGUCACUGUAAAUAUUCCUGGAGAUUUGUAAUAUAUUUUUAUACCAUGAAAAUUUUACUGUACUGUACUUCUACUGUAGAUAGUUAAAUCUCAUGACCUGUUCUCUCCUCUCUCUUUUCUUUCCGAAUUUUGAAGAAAAGCUAUUUGUACAUAAUGUGAUGAUAAAGUAGACUUGACACAUCCUGUUUAUAGCUAGAGCUUUUCUCUCGUCCCUCGGCGCAGUAAGUUAAAAAGGCAAGAUUAAGUGACCUCUCCCUCUCGCUCACCUCAAUCCUGUAAUUGUGAAGCACUGGUUGGUGCCACCCCUGUGAUGGUUCCGCAUCUGAUGAUGAAGCAGAUCGGCGGAGACAGGUGGAGCACCACCAUCAGGCCAAUUCUAUCAUAUUCGACAUAUAUGUGUUUUGUUUUUCUGUGUGUGUGUGUGUGUGUGUGUGUGUGUGUGUGUGUCCAUGUAUAUGGCUGUGCCUGGAUCACACACGAUGGCAGUAUUAAGCUCCGAUCUCUGUGGCGCGGAGAGGGAAGCGGUUGUAUGUGGGAAGAGGCUUUGCAUAGAAAUGUCAGCCGUGAGAAUAGCUGUGCUUCUUAGUCUCCCGAGUCGUGAGCACUUCACGUCUUGUCUUAACGUUGCGUAAGAUGGGAUCUCUAACUCUGUUUUUUUGUAAUAAAAUGGAAUAUUAAUUUUAAAACGCCA